CACUGUGACCACCACCACCACGGUGACCACCACCACCACGACGACCACCACGUCGCUUCGCCACUCUCCACGGGCACCGCCUUCACGUCUCUGCUCCUUUACCGCGCGCAUCGUGAGCGCAGCAUGGCCCGGGAGAGGAACGGGGGAUGCGGCUGCCGGAGCUGGAGAAGGCGGAGGGCUGUGGUGAUGCCGUUGCUCAGCAGAAAGCAGCCAAUAGAAGCCCACGAGCCGAUCUCAUUCCUUGCAAACACUGUGGGAAACCUUUUCUGGGAGCACGUUUACCGACACAUCAACGCAGCUGCGGUGCCUUAAAAACAAUUGCAUCCACCAAGGCAGACCCAAGUGUCGCCACUUCUGAGAAAGUGCAAAACACUUCAGCCACAGAGGCAUUUAGCAAAUCAAGAGGCCACGAUUCGCCAGUCACCCUUGCGUCUGGACCAAGUCAUGCUCCUCUAGUGCUACAACAGGAACCAGGCAAAGCAAUAAACCACGGCAAGCGACUUUCCAGGCCGAAGACAACCACCCUUCCCCUGCGACCCAACGGGGUGUUUUCACACCCAGGUUUGGAGAAGCCAUAUUCUCUGCCCACCAUACCUCCGAGACGUUCAGCUAUGAGAGUGUGCUACAUCUGCGGUCGGGAGUUUGGCUCAAAGUCCAUCUCUCUGCAUGAGCCAAAGUGCCUGGAGAAGUGGCAGAUUGAGAAUGAGAAGCUGCCAAAGCACCUACGGAGGCCAGAGCCCAGCAAGCCAAAUACGGACUCAAAGGCUGGUGUUGGUGCAGCUAACGACUUGGCUUGGCAGAGUGCUCAGGCGCAGCUUGUUGCAUGCGAUAACUGUGGCCGCACUUUCUUGCCUGACCGUCUUGCCAUCCAUCAACGGAGCUGCUUUAAGUCCAAGGAGAUUGCUGCCAAGGAUGGUGGCCGUGGAGGGCCCUCCCUGUCCCGUGGAGCCACUUUCCGGAAACCCUCAAGCACUGUGAGCUCGUCCUUGCCCGUUGUUUCAGCUCCCAAAGCUCCCGGUGUCGAAAGGCUUGGAGUAGACAAUGGAGGCGGCACGAAUAAAAAGAACGGGAGUGUGACGGCAUCGCUGCAAGCCACAAAGGCCCCCAUUCCACGCACUCUCAUCUGCUACAUCUGUGGCCGAGAGUUCGGGACAAAGUCACUGAGCAUCCACGAGCCACAGUGCCUGGAGAAGUGGAAAAACGAAAAUGACCGACUGCCCAGAGAGUUACGCCGGCCGGUCCCAAAAAAGCCACUGGUGGCACAGGCUGGCGGGGGCACCGGGGCAAUUGCAGUGAGCAAUGAGGCAGCCUGGGAAAGCUUCAAGGGGCAGCUGGUACCAUGUUCUAACUGCGGCCGGAAGUUUGCGCCAGACCGUCUGCAGGUGCACCAGCGCAGCUGCAAGGUUAAAGGUCCUGGCACUUCACCUGCUUCUACUGGAGCAGGAACAAGUGCGGCCAUGCAGCCCAAGGUAAUCCGAAAGCCGCAAACGGUCAUCUGCUUCAUCUGUGGACGAGAGUUUGGAACCAAAUCUAUCUCCAUACAUGAGCCACAAUGCUUCACGAAGUGGCAUAUUGAGAAUGACAAGCUUCCAAGGAAUAUGCGUCGGCCUGAGCCCAAGAAACCUGAAGUGGCCUUAAUUAAAUCGAGUGGGACCUAUGACCUGGAGGCAGCCAAUGCAGCGGCGUGGCAAAGCUCGCAGGGCCAGCUGGUGCCAUGCCCUGUCUGCGGCCGCACAUUCCUGCCUGAUCGCCUGGCUGUGCACCAGCGUGCCUGCAAACCAAAGCCUGCCAAGGCUUGAGCUGGACCAGCUGGCUCUGGAACAGCUGAAGAUAGGGAGGCCUUCAAAAAAUGUCCUUCUGGGAGCUCUGAAUGUUCUUCCAGUUGGUUACCAAUUGUUUAUAAAAAAAAUAAUAGUGGAACAGAGUGGUAAAAAAUAUUCUGGGAAGUUUACAUUUACAGCUUUGAUGCUCAUUAAUACAUUCACCAACGUGUAGAGGCUAGAAACGUGUCAUACUCACUUCCAUGCUGAUGCAAAUGGGUUAUUAUACAGAUAGAAAAUAAACUGGUUUGCCUUUAAUUGUCUCUACCUUCACAACUGCACCAUCACAGCCUUCCCUGUUGAUAUGCUGUAAUGGGUCAUUGCUAUAUUAAUGAAGGCCGAAAUUGAACCAAACCUUAUCCAGCAUUGCCCAAUGUCAGCAUGUUGACUGGGCUAGAGCAAAAUGAAUGAACCUCAAAUUAACAUAAUUCUAUCCUUACUUUACUCCCCCCUUCAGCAAUCAAAGCUUUCAACUGAAAUCCUAGUCAGCCUUCACUCAAUUUUCCCUUGUUGCCCUCAUCGUCUGGAGCUUCAUUUUCCCAGACAUCCAUAUCUUCUGCUUCCUGCCCUAUACAAUUUCAGAGUCAAGACCUUGUUUCCUCUGUCAAUGACUGUCUUGAUCUUUUUAAAAUAAAUAUUGUCCACUGUACAGUGUCUUGCGAUAUGGUUGCAUUUAGAUACUUUACGAGUUAAGACUAACAAAAUAUCAGCCAAAUGAAGGGGCUUAUAUGAGAGAACGCGUCUGCUACGGAGAUGGAGGGAUGCCAUCCGCUUGUAUGCAGGUGCAAGAUGGAUUGUUGAAUCACAAACUAUAAGAGGUGGUGGCAGUUGAAGAGACCUUCAUCCAGCAGUGGAUAGGUCAAGGCUAAUGAUAUUGAUGAACAUUUGUAUUAUAUGCACUAUUUUUGGGGAAUUUUUUUUCACAAAUGUAUGUAAUGAUUUUUAAUAUAUAUGCAGCAGGGCAGAGUACCAAGAUUUUCCAAUUGUUUUGCACUUCUAAUAUGGUAUCAUACUUUACUCAAUGAAUGUGACGGUUCAUGUACCUUUACAUUAAAUCAUAGCAUGUGUAUGUUGAAAUAUAUAAAAUCUCUUAUAAUAAUAUA